GCCUCUAACUGUCAACGUCACACGGGCGCUGGAACUCCACUAAGUAGCGAUGGUGUUGUGGUUGUACAUGCCGCCGACGCCUCUCUGAGCGUUAUCUUGUACAGAAGACCAACGGGGAGAGCUCACCACGCAUGGCGUUGAGCUCGGACCGUGUGGUGGCAACACUGGAGAUGUCGCAGGUCAAAAGCAAAGACGAUGAGCCUCUGAAUGUUGACGGGGACUACGAGAGCUUGCCACCUCAUGUCUCAGUGCUGACCCACAUGACAGCAGGAGCCGUGGCUGGCAUACUGGAGCACACGGUGAUGUACCCCGUGGACUCUGUCAAGACGAGGAUGCAGAGCCUGCAGCCAGACCCAAAUGCACAGUACAGGGGUGUGUAUGAAGCUCUGAAAAGGAUCAUUCGGACGGAGGGGAUCUUCAGACCGCUGAGGGGCCUCAACAUCACCAUGAUGGGAGCAGGACCAGCCCAUGCGCUCUACUUCGCCUGCUACGAAAAGGCCAAACGCUCACUUAGUGACAUCAUUCAGAGCGGAGGCAACAGCCAUUUAGCCAAUGGUAUAGCAGGUAGUGUGGCUACUGUUCUCCACGAUGCAGUCAUGAACCCGGCUGACGUGAUAAAGCAGAGGAUGCAAAUGUACAACUCGCCAUAUCGAGGACUCUGGGACUGUGUUCAAAAAGUGACGCGUACUGAGGGCAUGGGGGCCUUCUACCGCAGCUACAGCACCCAGCUGACCAUGAACAUCCCUUUCCAGGCCGUUCACUUCAUCACCUACGAGCUGAUGCAGGAACAGCUAAACCCCCACAGACAUUACCACCCCGGCAGCCACAUAGUGUCGGGAGCAGCAGCAGGAGCCGUGUCGGCAGCAAUAACCACUCCGCUUGACGUUUGUAAAACUCUGCUCAACACGCAAGAGAAUGAAGCACUGUGCUCCAUGAACAUCAGCGGCCACUUAACAGGAAUGGCUAAUGCCUUCAGGACAGUGUACCGGCUUGGUGGUCUGGCAGCCUUCUUCAAAGGGGUCCAAGCUCGGGUUAUAUACCAGAUGCCCUCCACUGCUAUUGCCUGGUCAGUGUAUGAGUUCUUCAAGUACUUCCUGACAAAGCAGCAGCUGGAAUCGGAGGCGGGACCCGGAGCCAUGUAAUAGAAAGCAUGCAGAGCAAACCACACCUUGACUGGAACUGAAGAACCAAGACUCCAGCCUGAAACUGUGAGAGGAAAUGACAUCAGUUAUUGUCUCACAGGGAAGUUGUCAUGUUGCAGGAGUGGCCCGUAGUGACGCUCCUUAUUGUUCACUCGCUUUUGUCUCUGUGUUUUCAAAUUAAGAUGAUGUUGUGCAACCCGGGGUGACAGUUCCUCAAAGGGCAGAUACACUUAGAAGAGCUGAAAGGUCGUCUUCUUCCUCACAUGCACUUCAUCAUCAUCCACAUCCCUCCAAACUCUCUCUUCUGCAACGUGGUGAUCGUAAAAAGAAGUCGUCUAAUGAUGUUUAUCGUUCUUAAUAUUAGAACUUCUUAUUUAUUUUGUUAGCUUUUCGAGCCUUCCAUUUUACGGAUAUGAAAGAAACACAAUGCUGUUUGUUAGUUUUAUUUCGUUGUGUAUUUAUGAAAAAAAACAUCAUAACACAUUCCUUCUUUUCACUCCACAGACGAACACUCGUGCUUUCCAAGUGCCUCAUAAAUAUUAAAUGUCGCUUCACGUUUCCUUCCUUUUGGCCCCCUGGUGUUAGACAAAAAAAAAAAUCUUGUUUUUUUUUUUUUUCCACAUUUAAUUUUUGAAGUGCACUAUUCUAAGCUUAAAUCUCACUGUGGCUCCUUAUGUCAUUACUUGCUGCAAUAAUCAAAUUUGAACUUACUAAACUGAAUGUUUUUUUUUUCCAUUAUGUCUGCACCAAAAGGUCAAUUGCAGCAGCUUUUAAUAAUGUAUUUAUUUUUUUAAUUUAUUUUGUAUUUUUUUGCUUUAAGUGCAAGAUACUAUGUUUUUGUUCUCUGAGAGAUCCGCUUUCUCUCUCAGCAGUGAGGUGUGGUCCAGUUAUUUGCAUUCUCAAAGCUCAGCACUACAAUUCUCCUGAAUCACGCACAAAAACAAUAUGCUAAUUGUUAAUUCAGUUCCAAUUCAAAGAAUCACACCUGCUGCAGAAAGAAGGCAGCUUGUCUAUAUGCAUUCAAAAACAUGAAUAUGAGUUUUGAAGGUGACCGGUUCUUACAAACGUUGUGAUGCAGGUACAGCGAUGGAUCAGAUAAAGCUGUUACCUGACAUGGCGGCCAUAUCUCCAUCUCCAUGUGCAUUUGUACUGCUGUCAUACUGGCCUUUUGUUAAUGUGCAUCAUGUUGACCUUGAACCUAAAGGUUGUAGAUUGUGUACAUGUAUGUAAAGUAUUUUCAAAGCAUAAUUUUGACUGAGACCUUAGCUGCAGACUUUCUGUGAUGCAAAAAUAUAACACGUUAACUUUAUUCUCAAACUGACCAAUGGCCUUGGCUACUCUUUGUUACCAUGAGGCAAGUGAAAGCCCGAUCAAUGCAGCUGGUGAGCAGGCAGUGUCACUUUUAUUUUCACUUGUCCUGUUGUAGUUACACGUUUCCUGUGUGCUCGCCGCUCUCUCCGGCCUCUUGACUAUUUUCCACUCAGGAGUCAAGACAUUCCUCCAGAUAUUGAUGUAAUCCCGCAAGCAGCCAGAUUUAUUUGUUUUUAAUUAUGGAGUUUUCUUCCUUUUGGUGAAGUUCAGAGAGUUCGUCAGAUUCCAGUGGUCUCACAACUCCUUAAGCAACACAUGAUGUGUACAUGAGAGUAAUUGUUAAUAUACCAAAGACAUGCAAUUAUACUCUGUGCAUUACUUUUAACCUGUAAUUGUGAUGUUAUUUGCCUGCCUGCUAUGAAUUAUUGCUCCACCUUUUUGCCCCACAGUUUCCGCAUGUUAAUUUGCCUAAUCACUUGAAUUCUUCAUUAUCCCUCAUGUAUUUCUUGGGGUUUAUUUCCUGUAUGUGUUUGGACCUCACUGGUUGCUGCUUCAGCAUUUCCGUUCGCUUCUCUGACAAGCUUCAUCAACCAAUUCAGCAAAUAUUGGCAAUUUUAUGUUAUUAUAAAUAUAUUUGGAUGCCUAAUUGUUAUUCACUGAUCAGAUGGUUUAUACUACAUAAACUAGUUGUAUUAAAUGCAUCAUGGAUUUCACAUGACCAGAUAAGAUGUUUUGUCUGCUUGAAUAUAAAAGUAAUAUAUAGAUGUUUUAUUCUAAUGCAAAAUGAAGCCAGUCAGAGUAGUUUUUGAUUUAUUGCAUUGAAGCGAUGCAACACUGCCUGCACUCCACCAUCAUUCCUUUGAUUUGUCGAUUCAUGAUAGUGAAUCAUAAUUCCCAAACACGUCCAAGUACAUUAAACAUAUCGAAGUAGCGUUUCUAAUACAGAGAGAUGAUGUUCUCUGUGUGGGGGUUGAUGUAAAUAUUUUUCCGCUAUUUACGCACAAAUGAUUGAAACUGGAGUCGGGAUGACUUUUUUUUGUUGUGCCAUCUCCCAAGAAGAAGAACGCUAGAAAGGUUCACCAUGCAAAUAUGAACUGAUUGUGAUAAUGCUGCUACAGUAUGUAACACUGGAGCUGAAAUAAACAUGCAAGUGAGGAAUGCUGUGUUCUUGUUUUCUUAAAUAGAAUUAAAUAUUUGCUUUGAUACUGUG